UCUUCACCAAGGGGUUAACGCCAACCCUCCAGAACUUUUCGAAUCGCUAAUGCUUCUUCAAUCAGAAGGGACUUAUCACCCCCGGAGGCUGACGCCCGAGGACACACCGCGAACUGGCCUUUGAGACAUGGUACCGGGGGGGUAUUUGCAGAUCAUGUAACCCGCUGCAGACCUUUGGGGAUGUCAAAAGUGCGAUUACUCCAAGCUUUUAGGAAAGCCACAAUGAGCCAGGCGUCCGACCUCAGCACCCCUUCCAGAAGGGCAAAGGUCACCAAGCCGGCGGCGGCCAAGGCCGUGUCUCCGGACGAACCCACGCCGCCCUGUUUCGUCCGUAAGCUCCGCAAGGCGGCGGUGGGGACGGGGUGCGACAUCCGCCUCAGGGUGUCCGUCCUGGGGAACCCGGAGCCCAAGCUGAGAUGGUACCGCAACAAGGAGCCGCUGCCGCCCAACGAGGCCCAGGACCCAGGCGGCCUGUGGAUCAGGGACUGCCGGACCUGCGACGCCGGGCUGUACACCUGUGUGGCGAGCAACACCCUGGGCGAGGCGACCAGCAGCGCCGUGCUUGCCGUCAUGGACCUCGGAGAAGACUCUGAGACCACAGAAGACGAGGCCACUGAGCCUCUGGGCCCCAUGGAAACCAAGGCUGGGCUGGGGAGGCCUCAAGGCACCCAUCGAGGACCCCCAGGUGAGGAAGAAGGGAGGACCACCACGGCGGUAGGCGGCAAGGACCACCACCACGCCUCGGACCACCACAGAUCCGCCGCCCUCCCAGGGGGCUUUGACCCCAUCGUGGAGCGGGAACUGAGGGCCUUGGGGUCCCGGCCCCCCGGCGGUACCACCUCCACCUGCGCCACCGCCGCCAACGACACCCACCAGGACCCCUCGCACCCCGCAAGGCAAGCUGCCCACGCCAGGGGGUGCCUGCCCCCCGUCCGGCACCUUGGGGUGGAGCCCCUGAUGCGGGCGUCCCACGCUAACCUGGCGCUGCCCGCCGCCGCGCAGGGAUCAGAGGAAAGUGUGUGUGUAGGGAGCGACUACUACGGCAGCAUGUUCAGCCUGUACCGCGGGAGGACCUUUUCUAUGCCCCUCACUCUCGUUAGACCACCAGUCUCCGGGGGUCUCCGUCACAAACCUAACGUUCUCCAACGUCUAACGAUCUUACCCCCUCGAUCUCCAACACCUGGUAGGACGACCGUCCUGUCUAAGGCCCUCCCUCCAGCCCUCUCCCCCGGAUCCUCCCCCACCAACCAGCAGCCACCCUCGACUUCACCGUACCCAACCACCUCCGGCACGCCCAAAAACAGGAUCUCUGACGACACCAUCGCGGUCGGCGACCUGACCUCCAAACCGACCCGGGCGGCGCCCAAGAUCUUCGACAAGGUGCGGGCGUUCGAGGAGCGCCUCGGGGUCCCGGGGGCAGGGCCCCCCCGGCUGGCGAGGGCUGCCUCGUUCGGUGACGCGGAUGCGGACGGCACCCGGGGGUGGCGGGCGGGGACAGGCCUCCCCGAGCAGGACAGUCACGUGCUGCAGGGGGCGGCGCAGCGGCGCUCGGCCUUCAAGCAGCGCGCCUCGUCACUGGAGGACGCUGCCAGCCUCGCACAGCGGGUGCAGAGCUUCCAGAGCAAGUUCAACGAGGAGCUGCAGCGCAUCAAGAGGCUGGUGGGGAAGCCUGGCCUCAGGAAGGCCUGCUCCAUGGAGCAGCUGGCCCCCAGGGACGCACCCAGAGGGACAGGCAGAGCAGGUGGAGGAGGAGGAGGUGGAGGAGGGUCUGCGGUGGGGAAGCUGGAGCCCAUACCCCCCCAGGUGGUGAAGAAACUGGAGGCCAGGAAGCGGGUGCUGGAAAAGCAGAGGGUGGGAGGUGGAGUUAUGGUCGGAGGGGGGGAGUGCCCCCCGCGGAGGCCCCCGGACGAAGCCUCUGGAGCCCCCCAAGGGAGGACCUCGUCGCUGUGGGAACCGCUGCUGCCGACGCCUCGCGGUUUGGAGAAGAUCUCCUCUGUUGCCAUGGAGACAGAACCAGUUCACCAGCUGCCAGCGGGCCCAGUGACAGUAACAGUCAGAACGAAAAGCACGGCAAGUCGCAGUGAAUCCCUCGGCGCCAAACCACAAUCAGUCAAACAGCCGCCGCGUCUCUCGUCCUCCACCACGGCCCCACCGGCCCCCCAACCUCGACAACCUGAAACCCCCGAGGGUCCUGAGGUCGGAGCUAUCGCAGAUCAAGACCCCCCGGGCGCAGGGAAGACCCGACAACCCCCCCAGCCCAUCGCCGUAGGCCGGGACCCAGCGGGGUCUCUCUCGCGGCCGGCCAAGACCGCCCAGCCGCCGGGCCCCUCUGUUGGCCCCUCUGUCAGCCCCCUGUUGAAGAAGAGGAAGGGGCGAGGGCCCCUUCCCCAAAUCCUGGUAGAGGAGGUGGAGGAGGAGAUGGAGGAGACGAAGGGGGAGGAGGGGAACGCGAGAACGCGUUUUCUGGAGUCUUCUGGAUUCCCGAUGGAAGCGGCAAGCCAAACUAAGAUUGAAAAAGAGAAUGGAAGCACAGAUAUCAGACCGCCGCAGAGAAGGAAAUUACGUCAACACCUCGCUGAUAAGUCUAAAAUAAAAAAGACACCCCCCUCCUCUCAGCCUCCUAAUACUGAAACAAAACAGCGUGGGUUCGUCUCUGCCAAGAAGACCGGCUCUGCCUGCCUCGGUUUAUGGUUCCGCGCAACGAUUGAACAACAAGGCAGCGAGAACUUGAAUACUUGGCCUGCCCACAAGCCUUGUGGGAGACCAACCGUUGCCAGAAAUGCCAGCAGUCCCAGCCAAUCAGAUAAGGGCAGCCUGACGCUGCAAGAAGAAGCUAUGGAGCUGGAGGUCCCACCUUCUCGAGGCAAACAAGUCCACUUCAGAGAGCCGCCCUCGUUUCAGGUGACACCAUACGACCAGGUGGUUGGCGAGGGACAAGAUGUGUUCCUGUGCGUGAGGGCGAGAGGGCACCCCUCCAUAUACUGGUUGAAGGAGAGGCUGACGCUGAAGUCCACCGGCCGCCUUGCGGUGAGACAGACGGGGGAGGGGACCAGCGAGCUGAGGAUCACCACCGCCCAGAGGUCGGACGCUGGACUCUAUGCCUGCAAGAUCGUCAACGAGUUUGGAACCAAGCAGGUGGACUUCAAACUGGAGAUCCAAGCGGCCACAGCUCUCGCCAUCACCAGGGAGAUACGGGACGCGGCGGUAAGGGCGGGAGAGGCGGCCGUGUUUGAGUGUCACAUGACCGCCCCCCCCGACGUGGAGGUGGACUGGCUGUCCAAUGGGAAGCUGAUUCAGCCGGCGCAGCUGAACUGCAAGAUGCACUUUGAUGGAAGGAGCUGCCGUCUCUUGUUGAACUCUGUCCAUGAAGACGACAGUGGCAGUUACACCUGCAAGCUGAGCAGUGCUAAAGAGGAGCUGACCUCCAGCGCCCAGCUGAAGGUCACGCCCACCCGGGACCCCCUGUUCACCCGCCAGCUGGACGUCCUGGAGGUCAUGGAGGGCCGCACCGCCCGCUUCGACUGUAAGGUCAGCGGAACCCCCGCGCCCAGCGUCACCUGGAUGCACUUCGACGGGGCGGUGGAGGCGAGCGACAACGUGCGGCUACUACAGGAGGGGGGCCGCCACUCGCUGGUCAUCGCCCGCGUCUGCUCCGACUCGGAGGGCUUCUACACCGCCGUGGCCACCAACUACCGCGGCUCCGCGGAGACCACCGCAGAGCUAUACGUCACGGAGCCGCGUGCGGCUGCCGCCUCGCACAUGGCCAAGCUGGAGAAGAUGCCGUCCAUCCCAGAGGAGCCCGAGGUGCUGGAGAGCGAGGUGGAGCGCCGGACCAUGCCUGACUUCGUGAAGCCGAUGGCGGACUUGGAGGUGGUCGAGGGGAAGGAGGCGGUGCUGAAGUGCACGGUGGCGGGCCUGCCCUACCCCAGCAUCACCUGGUACCACAAGGGCAAGCGCAUCGACGGCAGCGAGGAGCGCAAGAUGACCCAGCAACGGGACGUCCACAGCCUUGUGAUCCGGAGUGCCUGUCACGCGCAUGGCGGCGUCUACAAGAGCGUCAUCUCCAACCACGUGGGAAAGGCUGCCUGCUACGCACACCUUUAUGUCACAGACAUUGUCCCCGACCCCCCUGACGGCCCUCCGGUGGUAGAGUCCAUCACAGGAAAGACCCUCACACUGAGCUGGAAGAAGCCCAACAGAAUGGAACAGUCCACGGAGGCCGUCCCCCUGCUGUACGCGGUGCAGCAGCAGGCCUUAGGCUCCAUCCAGUGGUCCAUCGUGGCUUCCAGCCUGAAGGAAACCAGCUACACCGUGGGCUCCCUGUGUAAGGGCGUCCGCUAUGCCUUCAGGGUGCUGAGCUCCACCGGCAAGGCUCUCAGCAAACCGUCGGCCGCAACCGACCUGGUGCAGCUACUCGACCGAGGUCCCUAUUUGAGGAAAUCGCCCAUCAUCAUGGACAAGCCGGACAUGGUUCACGUGGUGGAGAACCAGUCAGUGAGCAUCACAAUCACCCUGAACCACGUUCACGCCGUGGUCACCUGGAAGAGGAGAGGGGUUGCGCUGGUGCACAAACCCGGGGUGUAUGAGAUGAGCAUGCCGGACGAUGACCAGCACACCUUGAAGCUGCAGCGGGUUCGGAGCUUGGACGUGGGAGCGCUGGUUGUCAUGGCGAACAACCAGUUUGGCAGCGACCUCUGCACCAUACAGCUGGCCCUGGCAGCACCACCCAAGUUUGAGUCCAUCAUGGAGGACCUGGACGUUGACGCCGGGGCGACCUCCCGCCUGGCCGUGGUGGUGGAGGGGAAACCCGACCCCGACAUCCUGUGGUACAAGGACGAGGCCCACCUCUCAGAGAGCAGCCAUUGCACGUUCGUCUACGAUGAUCCAGAGUACUCCCUGGUGGUGCUGAACGCCCGUCCGGAAGACUCCGGUGUGUACACCUGUACGGCCAAGAAUCUGGCGGGGGCCGUCUCCUGCAAGGCUGAGGUCACCGUCCAUGCAGAGAGGAAGCAGGCUGUGGCUCCGGCAGAAGAUGAAGGCAGCAUCCUAAGGAAGAUGAGACGCCUCACUGACUAUUACCAUGUCCACAAGGAGAUUGGAAGGGGGGCGUUCUCGUAUGUGAAGAGGGUGACGCAGAAGACGAAGAACAACGGGAAGCCAGCGGAGUUUGCCGCCAAGUUCGUGUCGUCCCGGGGGAAGCGGAAAGCAGCAGCACUGGGCGAGAUGGCACUGCUAUCGGAGCUGGAUCACCAGAGGAUCGCCUUCCUCCAUGACGCCUUCGAGAAGAAAAACACGCUGGUGCUGGUGCUGGAGCUAUGUCAUGAAGAACUCGUGGACAGGCUGGCCCGGAAGACCACGGUCACUGAGUCUGAGAUCCGUUCCAGUGUGUGGCAGAUCCUGGAAGGCCUGGGCUAUCUGCACCAGAAAGACAUCGCUCACCUGGACGUUAAGCCAGAGAAUAUUGUGAUGGCCGCGCCGGGCAGCGAGCAGAUCCGCAUCGUGGACUUCGGCAGCGCGCUGAAAGUAGAGUCGCCCGGACAGCACUACUGCCGAUACGGAACGCCAGAAUACGUCGCCCCAGAGAUCGUCAACCAAACCCCCGUCUCCACGGCAACAGACAUCUGGCCCGUGGGUGUGAUAACCUAUCUCUGUCUGACGGGCGUGUCGCCGUUUGCCGGCGAGAACGACCGCGCCACGGCGCUCAACGUGCGCGGCUACAACGUGGCAUUCGAGGAGGCCAUGUUCUCCGGCCUCUGCAAGGAGGCCAAGGGAUUUGUCAUCAAGCUGCUGGUGGCGGACCGGCUGCGACCCACCGCAGUGGAGUGCCUGCGACAUCCUUGGUUUAAGUCCUCCAACAACAAAAACAUCAACACAGCGAUGCUGAAACAAGUCAUCUCUCGAAGACGCUGGCAGCGUUCUCUGAUCAGCUACAAAUCCAAGAUGUCGAUGCGGACCAUCGCGGAGCUCCUGGACGACUCCUUCACGCACGUGUCCAUCGCCGUCGGCCAGUGCCGUAAUGAUGGCACGUUGCCGGCCUCCUCAUCCUCCGACGACUCGGAUGAAGAUGUGGAUGAGCUGCCCUUCAUCCCCAUGCCACUCUCUAUGGUCUUCUCCGGCUCCAGGGUCUCCCUGAACGAAAUCCCCGGCGACGAGGACGCCGCCGACGGAUCGGGGUGGAGCGGCGUGGAGGGGGCCCAGUCGAGCGACCACCGGUGGCUGGCCACCGGGAGGGUCGGGGGAGGAGCCAACAACAGCGGCACAGAGGACAAAGACCAAGAAGAAGAGGAGGAUGUUUCUGCCGAGCAUAAAGAGGGGAAACCGAGGCGAGCUCCCCUCCAAAAGGGCUCAAGUGUAGAGGCCCCCGAUGACUCGCAGACCAGGGCGAGACGAGCGACCAUGCAGAGGGGCAGCUCGGCCGACUCCGCCCUACUCCUCCAGAUGGCCCCGGAAGUGGGGGGUGACAACGUAGAACCUCGAGAUGCGGCCAGCCAGAAGAGCCUGAAGAAGGCCGUCUCCAUGGAGCUUCCCAGCCGCAGCACGAGUCCCGGGGCGUCCAAGCUGAGCCAGGAGGACUACGCCCUGAAGCUAGAGCUUAUGAGGCAGCGGCUCCUGAGGGGGGGCGGCGGGGACAAGAAGAUGAGCGGCCUGCGGGGGCCCCUGUUCGAGACGCUCGGCAUGGACGAUGGGGAAAGGAGGACCGGGUCCCUGGACCGGAACCCCAGGAGGUCACGGGCGGCGCCGCCGGUGCUCACGAGGGCGGCGUCCUCGGAGGUGGCCACGGAAGAGACGCCGAGGACCAGGGUGUUCAGGAAGAGCACCUCCUUCACCCAGGGCGACUCCGAGCCCAUUCCCCUGCACCGGAGGUUUGGAGCCCCCCUGGAGAUCCCGUCGGCGAAACAGGGCAGCAUAGAGCCGAAGAAGCUUGUAGAAGCCACCUCGAUGUCGGCGCUGGAGGAGCCAACGUGGCUCGACGCUUCACAGGCCUCGGCGUCAGAGGACACAAGGACCCCCGGGAGAGCGGACCAACAGGAACCGCAAACCAAAAACCUGGAAGGGAAGCCAAUCGUAGGGGAAAAGAUGAACACUAAAGCGGACGAACAGAGAGAGAGAGGGACCAAACACAGCGCAGAGUCCGCCGAAGAGGAAGACCGGCCCAUGAGUUUGCAAUCGCCCAAUAAGUCAAUCUUGACAAUGGGGCCAAGGAUUGUCAUUUGGAGAGGUGAUGAAGAGGAAGAACCGAGAGGUUACCUGGAAAUGAAGAAGGAAACGUCCAAGCAUGAAUCUCCUGCUGCUACAACUACACCCACUAAACCGAUGUCUGCAUAUGCGAGCGUCAUGCAGGCGUUCGUCGGCCCGUCGACGGAACCAGACCCCGACCAAGCCAUAGUUUCCGGGGGUUCCACUGCUUCCUUAACUAAAGACGGCGAACUCGGCCCUUUGUUACCAGAACACCCCGCAGUGUUUGCCAAAGUGGCGACCGCCGACCUCACCACCCCUCAACAGCCUCUGCUCAGAACCGACAUCAAAGACAUAGACUCUGAAGAGGUGUUCCAGGCCAGGUUCAAGAAACGCGAGUCCUCGCUGACGCGCGGUCUACGCAAACUGACCCGGAACAAGUCGGAGGAGAGAUCCUCCGUGCCGGGCUUGCAGGCCGGCGAGGGGGAGGAGGUGUACCGUCCCGGGCCGAGGGGCGCCCCUCUGGAGAUGGUGGCCAAGGGCUUGGAGGAGAGGUCCAAAUCGGUUGCGGAUCUGCGGGAAGUGGAGAAAGAGGGUCUGAGUCUCAUCGGGAGGUUCUCCAUGCGGGCCAAGCGCUCCUCGUCUGUCGAUAAGAAAAUGGAGAAACCGUGCGAGGUGCGAGAAGAGAAGGCGCCGGAGUCUUCGGCCAGUAAACAGAGGAAGGCCUGGGCUUUUGGCCGCAGUAAGUCUCUGGACACGAAGGAGCUGGAGCACGCUGGAGCACCGCAGAGGUGCCUCAGUGAGAAAGAACCAAGCAAAGUAGAAGAGUCGUCCGUUUUGGCCAUGCGGCGCAAGUUUGAGUCCAAGGUAGCGGGGAUCUCGGCUAAAAUCAGAGCCCAGUCAGAGGAGUGGAAGGAAAAAGAGGUCAAGAGGCGCCCCGAUGGUGACGGUGUCCAGAAAGAUCUAAAGACGGUCAGCGAUUCCCCGGUCCUGGCGAUAAAGAAGAAGUUUGAGAACAAAGAGUCUGUAUUUGCCUCUAAGAUCCGCAGUCAGUCAGAAGAGAGGAGUGGGGGGACAGAGACGCAGUUGGAGGGGAAGAGAACCCCUCUUGUCACACGCCAUCGCCAUACCCAGUCCGAGAGCCGGGGUCUCAAGGAGAUGGGCAUCCCUGAGAACCAGCUGGCCCAGCAGACGGGCACGGCCGCCGCAUCCAAAGAGUCCUUUGAGUCCGCUUCCAGCAUUAACUCAGAGAAGAAACCCUGCCGCACUCCGGAGGGUGACCGGCGGUCUCGCUGGGACCGCUGGGGUUUGACCAGGGGCAAAAAGGACAAAUCGCCGUCACAACCGGAGCUUUCAGAGCCUUCUUCCAUCCCCAAAGACGACAACGCCUUGACCGCCAAACAGAGGCAGAGUCGCACCUCCUCAGACUUUCCCCCAGUGUUUCACAUCAAGCUGAAAGACCACGUCUUAUUGGAGGGGGAUCCUGUCACUCUCAGCUGCCUUCCAGCUGGCUGCCCGCCUCCCAAAAUCACAUGGAUGAAGGAUAGGAAAGCAGUGGAGGUGGAUAACAGGAUCAGCCUGAUCUCUCAUCCAGACGGCAGGCAGCUGCUUGUGAUCAUGAAGACCAACCAAAAAGAUGCCGGACUUUACGAAUGUGUGGCUACAAACACCUUGGCCGCCAUCACCAGCUCCUGCACGCUUUGUCUCGCUUGUGUACCUAAGCGACCAGGAACCCCUGAGGUCCCGCAGGUGUACAACAACACAGCCCUGGUGCUCUGGAAGCCAGCCACUGAUGGCAAGUCCCCCUGCAGCUACAUGCUGGAGAGACGGACUGAGGGAGAGGAGAACUGGCUGAUCACUGCCACUGGUGUGACGGACUGCUACUACAACGUCGCGGACCUGCCAGCAGGGGGCACCUUCAGGUUCCGGGUGGCCUGUGUGAACAAGGCGGGCCAGGGUUCUUACAGCAACUGCUCCCCUAAAGUCAGCCUCGACCAAACAGGUGGAGGAGCAGCACCGCCCAAAAUGGCCGUCAUCAAGACACUUCCUGUCUCCCCGGCGUCAGACCCCCCUUCCCCGUCCAAGACUGACGCCACUGCCAAGACCCCUCCUGUCUUCUCCUCCACUUCCUCAGCCACCACCACCUCCGACCCCGACAAGGGAGCCGCGCCGCCUCGCCCCUCGCCCGCCCCCGCCACACCGCCCUCGGCCCAGCCUCUAGCACCGCCACUGCACACCACCAAGCCGGCCCCGCGCUUCAUCCUCCCCAAGCCCCAGAGCCCCAUCAACGUGGUCCCCCCAAUGACCCUGACCCCGUCCCCGCUGCUCACACCCCUGCCCCCCCCUGUCCCACUCAAGCCCCCCGCCGCUGUCCCCAGCUACGUCCCUGUCAUCGUCACCUCCGCCUCCCGCGGGGUCACCCCCAUCCCCGGCCCCACCCUCUUCUCCGCCCAGGUGCUGCAGGUGUCCAGCCUGAGCCCCAUCGUUGGGGUGGCCAGCCCCCCCACCAGAGAGGCCCCUGGCCACUCCACCCCCUCCUCCACCUCCUCCGCCCUGGGCCUGGCCGCAGCCCAGAAGCCCUACACCUUCCUGGAUGAGAAGGGAAGGGGUCGGUUCGGCGUGGUGCGGGAGUGCCGGGAGAACGCCACGGGGAAGGUGUACAUGGCCAAGAUCGUGCCCUUCAGCCCUGAGAGCAAAGCGGUGGCGCUGCGCGAGUACGAGAUCCUGAAGGUGCUGCACAAUGAGCGUGUGAUGGGGCUGCACGAGGCCUACGUCACGCCCCGCUACCUGGUGCUGGUGGCCGAGUACUGCACGGGCAAGGAGCUGCUCUACACCCUCAUAGACAAGUUCCGGUACUCUGAGGACGACGUGGUGACCUACCUGGUGCAGAUGCUGCAGGGCGUGGAGUACCUGCACCACCGCCGGGUCCUCCACCUGGACCUGAAGCCCGACAACGUCAUGGUCACCCACCUCAACGUGGUGAAGCUGGUGGACUUCGGCAGUGCACGCACCUUCAACCCGCUGCACCUCACGGCCUGCGCCGCCCCGCUGCCCGGCACCCUGGAGUUCAUGGCUCCAGAGAUGGUGAAGGGGAAUGUCGUGGGGCCCCCAGCAGACCUGUGGGCACUCGGGGUCAUCACUUACAUCAUGUUGAGCGGCCGGCUGCCUUUCCAAGACAAAGAUCCUCUCCAGACUGAGUCCAAGAUCCAUGUGGCAAAGUUUGACCCCACCCAGCUAUACCCCAACGCCUCCCAGAGCGCCUCGGCCUUCCUCAAGAAGAUGCUGAGCAGCUACCCCUGGGCCCGCCCCACCACCAAGGAAUGCUUCACCCACGCAUGGCUGCAGGACUCCUACCUGAUGAAGCUGCGGCGCCAGACGCUCAACUUCACCAGCGUGCGCCUCAAGGAGUAUCUGGUGGAGCAGCACCAGCGGCGGGCUGAGCACGCCACCCACCACAGGGUGCUGCUGCGCACCUCCCAGUCCUCCCAGUCCUCCGCCACGACCGCACCCCCAUCCCCCGGACCUGGGACCACCACGCCGCCUCCCUCUUCCUCCUCGUCUUCGCUCCGCUCCGACACGAAAUGAGAACGAUUUCCGAUUGCCGGUUUCAGUUCUGAGUUCUGGGGAGAUCCGUUUUCGGGACUUGGGCGGGUCGAAGUUCAGAUGACUGAAUCAUCGAUCGGGCAAUGUUCGGUCGGGGGACGGCAUCGGUCAGGCCGAGGCUUCGGUUGGUCAAACUUGGAUCGGGAAAAGGUUCAGUUGGUCAGGAUUUCUGUCUGUCAAAAUUUGGUUGGCCGGAGCAUCGGUUGGUCCUCCUUCACAGGGAGGACCAACCAUGAUCACCAUAGCUCUUUCCCGACAGGCGUGCCUUCCUCCUCCGGGGCCACAGCUCGGAUCAAGGCGACGGCCCUGGCUAGGUAUGGGUGGAAAACAGAGAAGAUGUGUGAGCACUUCCCUGGUCUGUGACGAGGAGUCUUUGAACAGUGAUGUUGACAUUGGGGGCUUCUACCACAGUAACUACUGAUCCUGAGAGAGAACAAUAAAACGAGAAGAGCGAGAUUAAGAAGAAUAAAAGAAAGAUGGCUGUGUUUAAAGGUGGUUUGUGGAAGAGUUCAGCGCUCGUAUGGACAUGCAGGAUGUUUGUGAGGAGCUGGUCCAGUUUCCUUCCUUUUCGCACGUUUUUUUGUUUAGGUUUGUUUUUCAGAGUUUAAUUUAAAAAAAGUCAAUCACAUUGUGAUACAGUAUGGUGUGCACGUCUCUGAUAAAACAGUUCUUCAAGUUGCACAAUCAGCAUGAAAAAAAACAAGAGUACAGAUUUUUGUUAAGUAAUGGACCCGGUAGGAACCAGCCCACUCACGUACUGUCAUUUACGCUGUUAAUUUAUUCGCGCAUUUUGAGUUACGAUCACUUUUUAGCCUGAAAUCACAGGCAUGGUUUGACAUUGUUAACGUUUUUUCCUCUUAAUUUAUUUGCAUGCGUGUGGGUGCCGGCAUGUUUUCAAUCCACCCUCCUUACAAAAGAAAGAAAACAAAACGCAAAAAAUAAAUAAAAAUGAACCUGUAUUUGUGAUUUUGCCAUUGAAAGAAUUCACGUUGAAUACAUGAACAUGUUUUUGAGUGACCUCGGGGUUUGUGGUUACAAUUUAUCGUUCUGUGGUUUAAUUUUUUUUGUUGCAAUUUACCGUAACUGUAAGAAAACAAAGUAAAACAGUAAAAUAUUUAGUUUUAGUCGGCCCCAAUGUACUUCUGUGUGGUUCGUAGCAUCACCAAUCUGGUUGCUCUUUGUAAAAUCGCCCAGUGCCUGAAAUGGAUCAGUUUAUCCUAGUAUGAGCUGUAGGUGACGCUACUAGCUAACAGUAGAGGAGAUGGGUAUGGAUCUGUUAGGAAGAAAGAUUUGAUGUUGAUUAUGUAAAUCAGAUUGAUAAUAGCCAUGAAGACAUGCAUACACAAGCACAUUCAUCCAAACGUUCAUUCAGUAUUAUUGCCAGAACUGCAUCACGUCCAUAUGUUCACAACGUUUGUUGACUUACACACACAGGCACACUAACACAGAGACAAACACAUACACAAACACAUAGGUGCAUACAUAGAUACAUGCAUACAUAACGCACCUGACAUUCUUGUAAUAAUAGGAUAUCUUGUGGAUUGCUCUAUCGAGGUAUUACUUUUGUAUGUUUGAAUGGCUGAAGAUUUGUAAAUGUACCAAUUUGCCGUGUUUGUAAGUGGAACAUGUUUUUAUGGGAUAGUAUGUAAUAAAAUGUUGACACAA